AACAACUACGUUUAUCGUUGCAUUAUGGUUCUACUCUAAUACUACUUUCAAACUUGAAAUUGUAAACAUACUUGUAAACAUUGUAUUCUCGUUCUGUAUGACAAUAUAUAUAGUGAUCAUGUAUUUUUAAUUUGUAAAAGAUGGCUGAUGCAUGUACGCAAGAGGAUGUGUUCUCUCAAAUUGAAUAUGCAUUUCCUAUUAUUAAAGAAGAGAUUCAAAACGAUUGCACGGAUGAACAAUUUGCUACCAUAAUUGAACAAAUAAGGAUAUGGAAGUUGACAAAUUUUGUUAAAGAUAUAGUACUUCAUCACAUAGAAUAUUAUAUUCGUCAGAAAGUGGCACCAACAUUUUGGAAGAAAUUUGUAAAUAGUACGAGUGAACAAGAAGGUUUUGAACUCUUCAAAAGCGCUGUGGAUGGUUUAUACAUUAGUUUAACUGAAUUUUUACCUCUCUUGAAAAAGUUGGAAUAUCUUGAACAAGAAGACGUUGAAAAAAUUGUACUUCAAACUGAUAAUGUGUUAUCAAGAUUUAAACUUAUUGUUAGAUCUACUUUAUUAAGUCAAUUACCAUUGGACCAUGAACAUAUAAUAGAGCAAUUUUAUAGAAUUGCAUUUAAUGUAUUUUGUAAUUCGGAUAAUAGUUCAUUACAUGAUUCUAGUGGAAGUGAUGCGGCGCAAUGCGGAGGUUGUAAUCAAGAAAUAGAUAAAUGCCAAUGUCAGAUGAUAGUAUAUAUGUUCCACGAAACUAAUAGGAAAUUAAUUGAAUUAGAAUUAUUGGAGAGAUUAGUAGGCAAUGUACUUACAUCAUUAAUACACAUUCGUAUCAAAUGUCAUGUAAGUGAAACGUGUGACAGAGUAUUUGAUGUAUCGCAACUUAAGCCAUUGGAAAAUUGGCUUGAAACUGUUGUUAUGAAUUGGUUGAUAAGGAUAUAUUCAGGAGGAUUUUCAAAAACUGUUUCUUUGAGCGAUGAUAUUCGUGAUGCUGUUAUUAAAUUCAAAAGAAAAUUGUCUCACUAUUUGUAUGAGACAUACACAAGAAUUAGAAUCGAUCAGCUUUUUAAUAUCAUAAUAGAAUAUCCUGAUUCACAACCUGCAAUAGAUGAUCUUCGAAUUUGUUUGGACAGAACGGAUUUGCGCAAAGUUUUGGUGGAAACAUUACAGGAAGCACUUAAAACUAGACUUUUACAUCCAGGUGUCAAUACUCCAGAUAUAUUAACUGCAUAUAUUGCUGCUAUUAAAGCUUUGAGACAAUUGGAUCCAACAGGAGUGCUUCUUGAAACUGUGACAGAACCUAUUAAAGUUUAUUUAAGAAGUAGAGAAGAUACAGUAAGAUGUGUUGUUAGUGGUUUAUUGGACGAUUCACCUAGUGAUUUAGCCGAUGAAUUAGUGAAAGGGGAAUCCUUGCAAUUAGAUGAUGGUUCAGCUGAUGAAGAAAACGAAGAUUGGGAGAAAUGGGUUCCUGAUCCAGUGGAUGCUGAUCCUGGUAAAUUAUUUAGUAUACAAAAAGAUAAUAGUAGAAUAUUUUGUACAACAUCUUUUUUACAUAUUCUUUUUUCAGCCAAAUCUACGCAACGAAGGAUGUCUGAUAUAAUUUCAAUGCUAGUUAACGUAUAUGGAAGUCAAGAUUUGUUUGUUAACGAGUAUCGUACAUUAUUGGCAGAUAGAUUAUUGUCUCAAUUAAAUUAUCACACAGAACGAGAAAUUCGCCAUUUAGAAUUAUUGAAAAGAAGAUUUGGAGAAAAUCAACUACAUUAUUGCGAAGUUAUGUUAAAAGACGUCUAUGAUUCGAAAAGGAUAGAUGGAAAUAUUCAAUCGGACACCAGUUAUAGCUUAGAAAAAGAACAUUUUCCAACAUCUGCUCUUAUACUGUCUGCACAAUUUUGGCCACCGUUUAAAGAGGAUUGGAAAUUGGAAUUACCCCAAAUUGUACAAGAUCAAUUGAAUAAAUAUGUGAAGGCGUUUGAAGCUCUAAAGGGAAACAGAACUCUUUGUUGGAAACCACAUUUAGGAAAUGUCAAUCUUGAAAUUGAAUUGAAGGAUAGAAAAUUAGACAUAAAUGUAACCCCGAUACAUGCUACGAUUAUAUUACAUUUUCAGGAUAAAAAGGAAUGGAAUUUAGAAGAGUUAGCACAAGUGAUGCAUGCUCCGGCAACAGUACUUAGACGGAAAAUAACUUUUUGGGUUUCUCAAGGACUUUUAAAAGAGAUCUAUAAUGAUGUUUUCGUACUUCAAGAAGAAAGUUCAUCGAAAAAUAGAACUUUGUCGGAUAUCGUGGAAGAGGAAGAAGCUGAAAGUGCAAUGGCUUCUGCUAGUGAUCAAAGGGAAGAAGAGUUACAAGUUUUUUGGUCGUACAUUGUUGGAAUGUUAACUAAUUUAGAUUCUAUGCCAUUGGAAAGAAUUCAUCAGAUGUUAAAAAUGUUUGCAUCUCAAGGUCCAGGUGCUGUGGAAUGUGGAUUACCAGAACUAAGACAAUUCCUUGAUGGAAAAGUUAGAGAACAUCAAUUAUUAUUUUCUGGUGCUCUUUAUCGACUUCCUAAAUCGUGAUAAAAUUAAUAUAACUUAUAUCUCUAUAUAUUGUUCCGAUUGAGUUUAAUCAUAUGUUGUACAUCUGUUUUUUAUAUAUGCAUAUAUAUAUAUAAAACAUUUAAAAUAAAAAAAAGAAAUCAUAUGAUUACUUUUAAUGCAAUUUGAAUAAAUUA